AUGGCGGCGGUUGCGGCAUUGGAAGCUUCAGUCUCCCUGGACUGCGUGCCUUCCUUGUGUCCGGCCAGCGUUGUGACUAAGAAUUACCAGCACAUCCUGACCUUGGAGUUUGCUAUAAAAGAGAUCAAUGAAAAUCCCCAGAUUUUGCCCAACAUCACCCUAGGAUUCCAUAUCUAUGACAGUUAUCUGGACGCCACGUGGACCUAUCAUGCCACACUGCAGCUGAUUUCCAUGAGAAAUAGAUUUGUUCCCAACUACACUUGUGCUCUGCAAGACAGUUUAAUGGCAGUAAUUGGAGGACUUGCUUCUGAAACCUCUCAUCAGAUAGCAAAUAUUUUGGGCAUCUACAAGAUUCCACAGGGAGAUACCUGCAAUGGAGAAGAAAGGCUGGAGAAGCUUCCAGGACCUUUGUUUGAAAUGAGCAUGACGGGCUACAGCUAUAACAUCUACAAUGCUAUGUAUGCCGUGGCCCAUGCAGUACAAGUCAUGUAUUCAUCCAAAUGCCAUCCGGGAGUAAUGAUGACUCAGCCACUUUCUGCAUGUAAUGACAAUUGCUAUCCUGGUCAGAGCAAGAAAAUGAAAGCGGGGAAGCCAUUUUGCUGCUAUGAUUGUAUUUCAUGUCCAGAAGGGCAAAUAUCUGACAAAAAAGACUUGACUCACUGUUUUGCAUGUUCAGAAGAUCAUUAUCCCAACAAAUAUAAAACUCUAUGCAUUCCCAAGGUUGCAACCUACUUAUCAUAUGAAGAACCUUUAGGGAUCAGUUUAGCUGCUGGUGCUCUUUUGUUUUCCUUAGCUACAAUUCUGGUGCUCAGAACAUUCAUGAAGCACCACAACACUCCCAUAGUCAAAGCCAACAACCGGAACCUCAGUUACACUCUUCUUGGAUCUCUCCUGCUUUGCUUUCUUUGUGCUUUGCUAUUCAUUGGCAGGCCAAAAAAGGUGAUGUGUCUCCUCCGCCAAAUGGUUUUCAGCAUCACCUUUUCAGUGGCUGUUUCUUCUGUGUUAGCAAAAACCACUGUUGUCGUUCUGGCUUUCAUGGCCACCAAACCAGGAAUCACGCUGAGAAAAUGGGUAAAGAAAAGACUGGCAACUUCCAUUGUACUUUCCUGCUCUCUUUUUCAAGCAGGCAUUUGUACUGUGUGGCUGGCAACCUCUCCCCCAUUCCCAGAUGUUGACACACUCUCAAUUAAAGAUGAAAUCAUAUUGGAAUGCAAUGAGGCUUCUCCAGUCAUGUUCUAUUGUGUCUUGGGCUAUAUGGGUUUCCUUGCCGUUGCCAGCUUCAGCUUGGCUUUCCAUUCUAGGAAGCUUCCAGACAGUUUCAAUGAAACAAAGUUUAUCACGUUCAGCAUGCUGGUCUUUUGCAGUGUUUGGUUAUCCUUCAUUCCAGCCUACCUGAGCACAAAGGGGAAAUAUAUGGUGGCUGUGGAGGUCUUCUCUAUCUUGGCUUCCAGUGCAGGGCUGCUGCUUUGCAUCUUUUCUCCCAAAUGUUACAUUAUUGUGUUGAAGCCUCAACUGAACAACAGGAAGCAGCUUAUGAAGAGGAACCAUUGA